UCAGUGUCUGGAGCAUGCAGUGUGUAUAGGAGGAAUAUGGCGCCAUGAACAGCUCCCCUCCCUCUUUUUGAGAUCCAUGUGAACAUGAAGCACAAUUAUAAGGUAAGUAAAUUAAUCGUGGGGGUCCCCACUAUUUGUAAUUCCUGCUGUUUCCACAUAGGGGCAUCACCACUAACCUCUCCACUGGCAUCUCGGCAACACAAGACCAUCACAAAGACAUCACUCUGCAAAGGUUGUUGUACGAGACGCCGGAUGCCUUGAAACCCCUGUCAGACGUUUCGAUGAUGGCACCCUGGCUCGCCCCCAUUGUCUGGAAUGGCACCUAUAACAUUAAAAUACUAAACGCACAGUUCCGGCAGAGGGACGUCCGCAUCGGCCUCACUGUGUUUGCGAUUAAGAAAUAUACAGUUUUUGUCCCGACCUUUAUAGAGACGGCUGAGAAGUAUUUCAUGGUGGGACACAAGGUGAACUACUAUGUGUUUACAGACCGCGUCAUUGACAUUCCCAUCAUGGAGCUGGCAGAGGGCAGGCGGCUGAUAGUGCGAAGAGUGCCCACUUACCAGAGAUGGCAGGAGGUGUCCAUGAGGCGCAUGGAGAUGCUCCGAGACCAUUCCAGCCGGCAAUUCAUGGAUGAGGUGGAUUACUUGGUGUGUGUAGACGUGGACAUGAGGUUCAGUGAUGAGGUCGGGGUGGAGAUCUUAAGUGAAUUGUUUGGGACGCUACAUCCAGGCAUGUACGGGGUCUCACGUGAAGGUUACACGUAUGAGCGGAACCCACAGUCUGAGGCCUACAUUCCCCUAGAUGAGGGAGACUUUUAUUAUGCAGGAGGAUACUUUGGGGGGAACAUGGAAGAGGUUUACAAGCUGACCAACUUCUGCCAUAAUGCUAUGAUGAAGGACAAGGCCAAGAACAUUGAGGCCAUCUGGCAUGACGAGAGCUACCUGAACAAAUACUUUUUAUACCACAAACCCACCAAGAUCCUCUCACCAGAAUAUCUGUGGGACAACCGCUUUGGGAUCCCAAAAUUCCUAAAGAGACGACGGUUUGUAGCCGUUCCAAAGAACCACAAUGAAAUUCGAAACUGAGUGGUGAAGCAACGACCAAGGAGCUGGGAAAUAUUCUAUAGGGAUUGUGGGAAUUGUGUCCUGAACCUUUACAUACGACAGCAUAUCUUUUCUGCAAGCCAGGGUCUUUUCUCUCUUCUGUAGGUGUCUCUGCCAGGAUCUGUUCUGUUUUAUAGGUGUCUCUGUCAUGCUCUGUUCUGUAGGUGUUUCUGCCAGGAUCUGUUCUCUAGUUGUCUUUGCUGGGGUCCAUGCACUGUUCUGUAGGUGUCUCUGCUGGGGUCCAAGCACUGUUCCAUAGUCUUCUCUGCUGGGGUUCAUGCUUUGUUCCAUAGUCCUCUCUGCUGGGGUUCAUGCUUUGUUCCAUAGUCCUCUCUGUUUGGGUCCAUGCACUGUUCCCUAGUCCUCUUUGCUGGGGUUCAUACUCUGUUCCAUUGUCCCCUCUGCUGGGGUCCAUGCACUGUUCCGUAGUCCUCUCUGGUGGGGUCCAUGCUCUGUUCUGUAGGUGUCUCUGGUGGGGUCCAUGCUCUGUUCCAUAGUCCUCUCUGCUGGGGUCCAUGCUCUGUUCUGUAGCUGUCUCUGGUGGGGUCCAUGCUCUGUUCCAUAGUCCUCUCUGCUGGGGUCCAUGCUCUGUUCUGUAGCUGUCUCUGAUGGGGUCCAUGCUCUGUUCUGUAGGUAUCUAUGCUGGGGUCUAUGCUCUGUUCCAUAGUCCUCUCUGGUGGGGUCCAUGCUCUGUUCUGUAGAUGUCUCUGCUGGGGUCCAUGCUCUGCUCUAUAGGUGUCUCUGCUGAGGUCCAUGCUCUGUUCUUUAGGUGUCUCUGCUGGGGUCCAUGCUCUGUUCCAUAGUCCUCUCUGCUGGGGUCCAAGCGUUGUUCCAUACUCCUCUCUGCUGGGGUUCAUGCUUUGUUCCAUAGUCCUCUCUGUUUGGGUCCAUGCACUGUUCCCUAGUCCUCUUUGCUGGGGUUCAUACUCUGUUCCAUAGCCUUCUCUGCUGGGGUCCAAGCGUUGUUCCAUAGUCCUCUCUGCUGGGGUCCAUGCUCUGUUCCAUAGUCCUCUCUGGUGGGGUCCAUGCUUUGUUCUGUAGAUGUCUCUGCUGGGGUCCAUGCUCUGCUCUGUAGGUGUCUCUGCUGUGGUCCAUCCUCUGUUCUGUAAGUGUCUCUGCUGGGGUCCAUGCUCUGUUCUUUAGGUGUGUCUGCUGGGGUCCAUGCUCUGUUCCAUAGUCCUCUCUGGUGGGGUCCAUGCUCUGUUCUGUAGGUGUCUCUGCUGGAGUCCAUGCUCUGUUCCAUAGUCCUCUCUGUUGGAGUCCAUGCUCUGUUCCAUAGUCCUCUCUGUUGGGGUCCAUGCUCUGUUCUGUAGGUGUCUCUCCGGGGGUCCAUGCUCUGUUCCAUAGUCCUCUCUGUUGGGGUCCAUGCUCUGUUCUGUAGGUGUGUCUGGUGGGGUCCAUGCUCGGUUCCAUAGUCCUCUCUGCUGGGGUCCAUGCUCUGUUCUGUAGGUGUGUCUGGUGGGGUCCAUGCUCAGUUCCAUAGUCCUCUCUGCUGGGGUCCAUGCUCUGUUCUGUAGCUUUCUCUGAUGGGGUCCAUGCUCUGUUCUGUAGCUGUCUCUGGUGGGGUCUAUGCUCUGUUCCAUAGUCCUCUCUAGUGGGGUCCAUCCUCUGUUCUGUAGGUGUCUCUGCUGGGGUCCAUGCUCUGUUCCAUAGUCCUCUCUGUUGGAGUCCAUGCUCUGUUCCAUA